AUGGACGUAGACAAGUCCCUCGACGACAUCAUCGCCACCAAGAAACAAGACAACAGGCCAAAGCAGGCUCAGCGUCCUCCCAUCCCGAGGCACUCAACCGGUUCGAAUGGUGGUUCCAGGCCUACACCUUACGCUAGGCCCCCACCAAGAUCGACAGGCGACAGAUGGGUCCACGACGCUUAUCCCGGCCGAGGUGGCUUCAACGGUCGACAAGGGCGCGCGGCCCCCAACCCACUGAUCGCAGGUACCGGCGCGACGUUUACCAAGGAGAACCAGAGGAUUGAGAUUGUUGGCUUGCACUACGAGGUGUCCAACCAGGACUUGAAGACAAUCUUCUCACAAGCUGGCACCAUCGCGGACGGGCCCCAGAUUCGUUACGACCGCUCUGGCCGAUCAACUGGUGCCGCCUGGAUUGAGUACACCACUGUGGCUGCUGCCAAGAAUGCUAUCAACAAGUUUGACGGUGCCAUGACCAAGGGCCAAACCAUCUCCAUCCGAUACGGUCGCCCCCCUCCCAUCCAGAACCCGGGCCCCGCCAACGGUGCUGGCCCUGGCCCUGCUCGAAACGGUUCCACCGCAUCUCUUCUGUCCAGAAUACAACCAUCUGCGCCAGCGGGCGGCAAGGCACCCAAGGGCCCGAAGGGAGCGGCAAAUGCUCCUUCGGUGCGCGAAGCUAACGGUAAUGGGGCUGCUGGAGCUGCGGGGGGUGGAAGGAGAGGGAGAGGAGGACGCGGUGGUAGGGGAGGUGGUGCCAGGGGAGAGAGGCCUGGACCAAAAUCGGCUGGUGACCUGGAUUCCGAAUUGGACAACUUCAUGAAGCCUGCCGACUCUGCCGGAGAUGUUGAGAUGGCUUGA